UCAUCGUCCUUUCUUCGUUUCCUGCUUAUUUUAGUCAACUCCUAAAUCUGCAGCCAAAGCCGAUGAACAAGGCAUUCGAGAUUUCAACAAGUCCUUCAUCAGUUUCUCAGUGCUAUCCAACACCAGAUUCAGCUUAGUAGGAAUUAUCACACAUGGGAACUCCUUACCCAAACCCCAUAACUCCUUCUCAGACCCGCAUUGGCUGGAUCGGCAUUGGCCUCAUGGGCGCUCCUAUGGCCUCUCGCCUCAUCUCAGCCGGCUACUCCCUCACUAUCUAUGCUCGCACUCCUUCCAAAGCUCUUUCACUACAAUCCCAAGGUGCCCUCCUAGCCCAAUCCCCUUUCGAAGUUGCUCAACGUAGUGAUGUUGUCUUCACCAUAGUGGGACACCCACCAGAUGUACGACAAGUUAUCUUGGAGGCAAACGGCAUCCUUUCAGGCCUAAACCCGAACGGCGUCACGGUGGACAUGACCACCAAUCUACCAGCCUCAGCACGUGAGAUAUCAUCAGCUGUGCGUGCGAAGGAUUGUUGGGCAGUUGACGCCCCAGUCUCCGGGGCAGAUGUUGGCGCCAGAGAAGGGAAACUUGGAAUAUUUGCUGGCGGUGAUGCUGGAGUCGUCGAGUGGUUAACACCAUUGUUUGAUAUCAUGGGGAAGGUUACGUAUAUGGGUGAAGCAGGGUGCGGCCAGAGUUGCAAGAUAGCCAAUAACAUUGUGGGAGGGGUGAGUUUUGUCGGGUUGAGUGAAGGUUUGGUGUUUGCAGAGAGAGCUGGCUUGGAUUUGAAGCAGUUUUUGGAAGCAGUGAGAGGAGGGGCGGCAGGAUCGACGUUGAUGGAGUUAUUUGGGGAGAAAAUGAUCGAGAGGGACUUCAGGCCUGGUGGGUUUGUUGAGUAUAUUGUGAAGGACUUAGGGAUGGGAUUAAAUAUUGUGGAGGAAACUAAUGAUGAAAGGGUGGUGGUGUUGCCUGGUGCUGCAUUGUGCAAGCAACUGUUUACUGGGAUGGUUGCUAAUGGGGAUGCAAAGCUCGGCCUUCAGGGCCUUAUCACUGUUAUACAAAGGCUCAAUGGCAUAUCUGAAAUCGACAAUUCUACUCGUUGAAGAAUAAUAAGCUGUUGGUGAAACUGAUGGGGGAACCUAGACAUGUUUGUUUCUCCCGUAGUAUCACUAGCUAUGUCUUUGCUAGUUUCUUUUUUCAUUCCCUAAAUAAGAUAGAGAGUUUUCAGCAAGAAAAUUACCAUGCUUCCCUUCUGGACUUUAGAAAAGUGAUGGUCCUGGAACAUGGAUAUUUGCUGCUUCAUAUAAUUCCCUAGAAAGUGAACUCUCACUUGUGUUGGAACAUGAUAUGUGCCUAAUUGUAGGUUGACUUAGACUUACUGAUGCAUAUCUGUGUUGGUGAUUAGUUACAGUAGUAGUAUUUAUCUUUUACAGUUAUAUAUGCAGCUGUCUAAUCUAAUUUCUACGGUGUUUAGAGUGAUCAGUUAAGUCCUAUUAUCUAGUCUUUGUGAUGUAUAAAUUCCAGGAGUGUUUCAUUAAAGGAAUGAUUUUGAAGUUGUA